GCCAGACCAUCAGGGCAGCGCAGCACCCGUCGAUUUUUUGCGAGCUGGCGCACAUAUGGAAUGAAGCUGUAAACACGCACAACAUUAUUCUGUGGAGGUAUAUAACUGUGUUCGCUGUUUUUCAGUGAUGGCCGAAUUCACGUUGGGGCUUUGGGGCGGGCUCAGCGAUGCACCGGAGUCAGCUGCUGGUCAACCAGAAACACAUGGCGUGGAGACCUCAGCGGCGGGAGGCCCCGAAAACGUCAUACACGCGCACGGCCUGCUGACGGAGUCGCAAGCACAUGGUGCUCUCUUGGCGGAGUCGCAAGCGCAGGGUGCCCUGCUGGUGGAGUCGCUAGCCCAGGGUGACCUGCUGGCAGAGUCACAAGCGCACGGCCAAGUGUUGCUUGAUGCUGCAAGCGGCCUGGACGCACCAGUUUCCGCCGCUGCAACCGCGGCUCCUGACCAGCAGGCGCAGUCCCAAUUGAGCAUGGAUGCUGCGCCCAGGCACCCCGAGACACAACAGCCGCUGGACCUGCAACGCAUUCGGGACGAGUACGUCAUCUCGCCUGACAGCCUCAGCAAGCUAGCCGCCAGCUCCGGAGCAGACAGCGUGGCGUCGCUGCCGUUUGCGCAGGGUGCCAAACAUGGCUCCUUCUUUGCUUCAAAUGAGGCGCUGAACGCUGUCGUCAACCUGGCGCAGAAGGUGCCUGGCGCACCAGUACCUGGUACCGACGGCCACACGCAGGUGCGUGUGGUUGUGGACGGCAUCAUUGCUGGAGUGUGGGCGGCCACCGACGACGGGCGGCACGUGGGCACUGCCGCCACCAACACGGCGCUGGUGGAGUUCGAUAAGGGCGGUAACGUGGUGGACGCGCGUCCGGUGAUGCCCACCGAGGCUGAAGCCGCUCACUCCCAGCAUAAGCUGGAGAAGGUGGUUCAGUCCGUGGAGCCGCCGCAGGAGCCGACGGCGCAGCCAGCCACUCCAGAUGUGCCGAGCGCGGCCGCUAUCGGCGAGGCGGUGCACUUGCAGAAGCGGGCGCUUACACCCCAAUCCAUCGUCAAUGCGACUGGGCCUCUCAACACCGCCCCGCCAGCCAUCACGCCGCUCGUGACGCAGGGGGCCAUGGACCACGUGAUUGAGGGCCACGCACCGGCUGGGCGGGGGAUGCCUGGCAGCGCCGUGGUGGGGCCCUCCGACCAAUCAGUACUUGACCGGGCAUUCAACCUGCACGGCUUCAGCCAGCUUGGGCGCGAGGUCAACGAGCUGGUUGGCCGGUUUGACACCAUGAGCGACCUGUACGCGGCCGUCAACUUCGGGGUGUCGCACACGGGCGGCAACCCCACCAACGACCUGCGCAUCGUCUUCGACCACCCCAUCGGCCAUGUGGUGCACACAGUCGAUCACCGCCAAGUUGUGGUCGAGACCAACGUGGCCGUGGUGGCGUGGCGGCGGAACGGGGGCGUCGUGGAGCUGGUGACGGCGUUUCCAUCGCCGGCCAGCACAACGGAAGCCCAGCAGGCGCCUGGCAUGAACACAAACGUGCAGCCCUUCCCACCACCGGCGCCGACACCACCGACUCCAACGCCGACAGCCAACUCACACCUGACCUUUGACGUCGCCACCGGUGCGAACAUGACGGCUGGCGCAGUGACUGGGGCGGUUACUGGGGGCGCCAUCCUGGGACCGCCGGGUGCGGCCGUGGGUUUGGCACUCGGGGCGUUCGUAGGCAUGCUUGGCUCGCUCAAGUUUUGAGCUACGGCAGUGAGCAACUAUCCGCCUUUCAUUGUCCUUUUCGCUUCUAUUUGGUAGUGCUUUGGUGUUAGGUAUUGUCUGCGGAGCGGUGUAAUAAGGUUACAGGCGAAGCGCGCGGGCGCACGGGCGCACGGGCGCACGGGGCACAUCGUGACGUUGCUGGCGUGCAAGGGCCUACACUGCUUAGGGAUGGGGUUGCAUGUACGCUGUACUGGUGUAUGUCAUGAACACGCGCUUUCUGUGCAGGAGUCUGUUGUGAACGCGUGUUCGGCAUGUGUGUGAGGUCGUGUGUGUGGGGGCGUUGAGCUAGGUAGGGUCGCAGUAUGUCGGCGCAGUGCUCGGCCAGCUCCUACGUGCUGGGGAACGGCAUGCCGCAAUGUUGAAUGCCCUUGCUGCGGGCUUGGGGGAGGGGGCGUGGGCUGGCCAUAAAACUGAAGGCUGUGGUACAUUGCGUACGUAAUACACCUUAGAGAGGAAAUGCUGGCUGUGUUGGUGGCGAUGGGACAGGAUAAGGGGCAGGUUGGCGUAGUCCCGAAGGGUGCAGCGUAUUCCCAUACCCCAACAUUCAAGUUGCGACGUCAAAUAGUGAUGCAUGAGGCUGGUACCGGUAUAACGCCAAGACAGCCAAGACCGAUACAUCGCGGACUUGCUGGCAGGCUGGUAGUUUGCUGAUGCAGUGCAUAUGGCAGGGGGGGGGGGUAGAAAGCUCAGGUUCUAACCCCAUGCUCAAUAUUACAGAGCUUUAGGAGAGCACUAUGCACGUGCUUUUGGGUUUUUCAGGGUGUCGGCGGUCGUCAGGGGUGGUCUGGUGAGGAAGUUCUGGGUCGCCAAAGUUGGGGGGUCGGUCGUUCCCUUUGGGGGUCCGCCGGGUUUCGGGAGCCCAUCCUGGCGGAUUUCGGGAAGCGCCCCACAAGCAGACUGCGGGCCAAAGGCAGCACUAAGAGGCUCAUAUGUGCACGCUAUGUCGUAAUAAGCACAAGCAAAGCGUGGGAGGGCAAAGUUGCGCGUCCGGGCAUGGAUAUGUUGCCACAUCCACAUAUGUUACAUGCGCACUGACACGGCUGGGCUCUUAAGCGCUGGUGCGCAUGAAUUUACGUGUAACAAGGCUGCCGAUG